GACAGUAAAAGUCUAGUUUCUAUAAAUAUCUAGAUUAAUCGAAUAUAUUUUGAUUAUUUUCUAAGAUGGCGAAACCUUUGCAGAAAGAUAGAGAAAACAGAUCAGCCGAUAAGAAAGAUUUGACUUUCCAUCCAUACACCAUCACCCCGGAGACUGCUAAGACUGCCGUGCUAAUCCUCGAGUCUCCCGAACCAGAGAUAUUAUGCCAGACGUUACGCGCGAUUACAAAGUUCUCAGCGCAAGACAUGCUGAACCGUCAGCUUCUGUUCGAUCUGAGUGCGAUCCGAUACAUCCUGCCGCACGUGGAUCACGCCGAGCUGAACAUCCGCCGCUUCGCGCUGAAAGCGCUCGCACAGCUGUGCCAGUUACCGCAAGCGCCUGAGGUCGUGCUCGAAAACCCUCAGAACUUGAGGAAAAUCGCCUUGAUGCUCGCCAAAGUGGAAGACAUAUUCGUGCUAGAGUUUGCGUCGUUGGUGUUGUGCGAGUUGACACGCGAGCCUCUAGGCUGCGAUCAACUCGUUUCCGCUAACAUCCUCAACACGCUUUUCAACCGCAUGAAGAACAGCACCGAUCCUGAUGUGCAGAAUAACUGUCUGCAGACUCUCAGUAACCUGUUGGCGGAUCCAGUGUGUGCGUCGGAGGUAACGAAGAGCAACCAGUUCAGCUGGGUUUCGUUGUUGGCGCUGAUGCAGAGCGAGUACCUGGCUAUACAGCAUGCCGCGCUGCGCACCGUCGACCAGCUUAUCAGGCGCUACAAGGACUACGCGGUCCAGAAGACCUUUAGAGCCUCCACUGGAGUUCUGGACUUGUGUGAUAUUUUAGAGUCGUACGAGUUCCGCGAUGUGCAUACGGAGGUGCUGGGCGUGUUGCGCGACUACGCGGAGACGGAGGAAAAUUCUUCCCACCUGUACCAGUCGGGCUGUGUGCUGCGGCUGCUCGCAUACCUCGACAUGGCGCUACCCGCCAUGAAGUCGCACUGCCUCGCCGUCCUCACCAAGAUGUCCUUCACCUCCAAUGGCAGAGAUGCUCUGUAUCAAACGGGUACGGACCUGGUGUUCUGCAGUCAGCUGAUGAGCACCAACGCCGACUUGUUGGCGGAUGCUGCGAUGGGAGUAGCCAACAUGACCAAACUACUUCCGGCGGCUGUGCGCAUGUCCGACACCAACAUCAUUGAAGCUCUAUGUGGUAUCCUGGCUGAUGACGGGGCGCCUUGGUUCUUCGUUCGUAUAAACUCGUUGCGUGCACUGGCCGAGCUCUGUCGGAUCAUACCCAAGGCUGCCUACAGGCUGGUGGAGCCCAGCACAUUCGCUACGCUCAGGAAUAUCAACAAGAAAGUGGCGGACACUCCAAUCGAAGCACAGCGCGUUGCAGUCCAGUGCUACAUCAACCUGCAGAGCUACCACAUCAGCCUGGCCGCCAUGCUCAACGCAGACUUUAUACAGGAGCUGCUUAAUAUAUUGCAGCGAAUAGAUAUCAAAUUGAAAAUGAUGACAUGUACCACGCUCUGUGGUCUGAUGGCAGAAGAAGUUAGUAAAGAAUUAUUCUCAGCAAGGAAAGGGGAAGAGGCGGUAUCAAACAACCUGUUGAUUGAGCACGUGGGGCUGCGCACUGCGCUCUGCGAGCUGAUUACAGUGAGCGUGACCGACGAGGGCGCAGAUGUCUACCUGGAACUGGGCACUGUGCAUUACAUGGUAGAGAACAAGCAGGCGAGGUACGCGGUGGCGGCGUGGGAGCCGGCGCUGGAGGCGAUAUUCCAGCAACACCCCUCCGCCAAGUUGGCCUACACCGGCCGACUGGACAUCAAUGAUAAGACGAGGGACGGUUUCUACGUACUGAAACGGAUAUCGAGCCCCUUUCCGACAUUACGUGCUCUAAUGGAAAUAGCCGACCCGACUCGAUAUCCAGUGUUUGUGUGCUCAUUCCAACCUUCUGAUGCCGAGAGCAUUUCAGCUGUCGAUUUGAGAACACCGAAAUAUUCGCCGACACCGAGAUCUGAUCGCAGCCUAUUCCCCAGCCGACUGCUAGAUGACAAAAACCUCCGUCACUAUUUGCUGCGUUUGCGCAUCUGGUUUGGUGAUCCAUCUAAAUCCAUGCAUUAUCUGGAGAUAGAAGACGCACAUUAUGAUAUUAGAUACCGCGACAAGUGCACGGAGGUGUCGUCGACGCUGAAGCAGAAGGCGUCGCUGCUGGCGGAGUACGUGGCGGAGGUGAUGAGCGGCCUCACUCAGGAGCGCGACUGCUCAUUACCUUGCGUCGACAUACACCUCGCCGAUAUCAUGAUGGAGCUACGUUCGAACAUCAUACCGCUGGGCUUUGUGAAGUGCGGCGGAGCGCUGGAGCGCGCGCUGCUGUACAAGGUGCUGGCGGACCGCGCGGGGCUGCCGUGCGCGCUGGUGAGGGCUUGCAGCGCACGCGCAUGGUGCGAAGUCGCCGUGCCCGAACCAGACCCGGAGGAGGUGGAGGUAGAGCAGAACUAUCCAGCAGGUUUGCUCCGCGCUAACUACGUGGUGGACGUGACGCACUGCCCGGGGCGGCUGCUGGCGCUGGGCGGGGUGGAGGCGCGGCAGGUGUGCGGGCCGGCGUGCGACGCGCGCUACACUGCGCGCUCGCCGCCUGACAUUUGUAAAUGUACCAAAUAAA